AUGGCACACGCACCAAUACGCCGUGCCUUCACAGAUCGCGGUGAUGACACGGCACAGCCAUCACCACACAUCAGAAAUUCAUUUAUUCGAAAACCCCAAGACCGUGUGGAGGAUCGCAAGGCAGUCAGUGAAGAAUUUUCCGGGCUCACCACAUAUCAUGGCCUCGUUCGCAUAUACAACUCGAACACUUGGCCUUCGCGAAUAUUCUGGUGUGUUGUGGUCCUCUCUUGUCUGUCACUUUUCAUGAUUCAUAGUGGCUAUCUCCUACUUGGUUAUCACUCGAAACCAACUCUAUUUCAAAUAAAGACUAUCGUGGCAACAGACGGUAUUUCUUUGCCGGACAUCACUCUCUGUAAUCACAACCCGCUUGAAAUGUCUCAAUUUUCAGGAUACAACAUGAGCACAAAGGUGCGGUCUUAUCUUUUGGCAUCUUUUGAUGACCACGUCGAGUACGAUGAGCUUAACGAGGCACAUCGGGAUUUUGAGGAGUUUAAGAGCAACUAUGAGCUGCAGACCGAGCAGAACUUCUCCCUUGCAAAAUUUUUCAACGAUAUCAGGCCAACAUGCGAGGACCUGGUGCUAAGUUGCUCGUUCGCUGGUGAGGACAUACCAAAUUGUUGCGCCACUAGCGAGGUCGUCAUUACCGAUCUAGGCUUUUGCGUUAGAUUCCCAAACUCGAUUUCAAAGAGGAAGCAAUAUAUGGGUGGCAGCAGCUACGGGUUUCAGUUUAUACUGCACGGCCACAGCGAUUUGCGGUCAAAUUCGUCCAUAUUGUCUGACGACAUGGGAUUCCAUGUACUGGUCCAUGAACCCGAUAAGGAAGUUUCAGUGAGAUCCUACGGCUUGUCAGUACCACCAGGAGUCACUAUGCAUGCUGGCUUAUCCUACAGAAACGUGUCCUAUUUGCAAAGAACCGACUGGGGAUUGUGUCAGCAGGAUUGGAAUCCUGAGAUCCACGGUUCGAUCCUGACGAAACUUAAGUAUACUUCGUCACACUGCGAGUGGAAUUGCCUUGCACGGGUAUGGCUUCAUACGUGUGCUUGCCUGCCGGCCAAGCUACUUCCACUGCAGGCUUCCACUGAUGCUGGUAUUUGUACACCAUAUGACAUACACAGAUGUGCCGAUUUUGUUUACGAAAAUGCAAGCAAGUGCAGCUGUGAUAUGGAGUGUGAUCUGAUUGACUACGAGACGCAGGUUAGCUACUCGGACGUGCCCAUCAGCUCAAUCCAACGGAAGUUCGCUUUUUCGAAACAGUACAUUCAGUUGGUUUUACACUUUUUCAAGUUAAAUGCUUUACAAUGUCGUGAGUAA